AUGACGCAAGCUGUUACUACCACACCCCAUCGCCUUGCAGAAUGGGCUCGCCACGCAGGCUUGUUGAAGACUGCCAAGAAGGACAUAUCUGCUACCGUGGACGCGGUUGCUCUCUUCGAACCCGUCAUCUUUUUUGUUGAGCUAAGCCAGGUAAGCGAGGCCGAGGAGAAGAUUAAGCGGUCUGAUAACAAGGGACAUGUCGUUCCGAUUAAAGGCUAUAAGAACCUUGACCUGUGGAUGCGCGAUAUGGCUCCGACUUUGGUGCUUGACCGUGAGGAUGGGGCAAGUCUUGCAGGCGUGGACUUCAACGUCGGUUGCAUCCAUCAUCUCCAGCCAUAUAAAGGUGUGCCGCGUGACUUUUUCCAUCAUCACCGAAGGAGGCUCUCUCGAGGUCGACGGCAAGGCACGCUCCUCGCCACGAGAAGCUCCAUCCUCAACGACAACAGAAACCGCGGGACAUCUCCAGCAGAAGUCGAACAAGAACUCUGCCGGACCCUUGGCGUCAAGAAGAUCAUGCACCUGGAGCUCUCCUUGUAA